AUGGAUCUUGAAGCGAGCCGGGUGUCGUUCACUCCCAGGGAAGCUGAGGAAAAGGACACACAAGGCCACAAUGUCGCAGAAGUUCCGACCGUCCCAGGACCAGAUCCCGACGAAACCACAUAUCCAGGCGACCGAGGAGAAGCAGGCGCAUGUAUCGUCCUCGCCGGUUCCUUCUUAACGCUCUUCCCCAGCUUCGGCCUCAUGGUCAGCAUCGGCACCUUGCAAGAAUACUGGCAGACGCACCAGCUCGCCGGCUACUCGUCUCGAGACAUCGGAUGGGUCUCCGGCAUCUUCGUGUACAUCGCGCUGGCGGGAGGGAUUCUGGCGGGACCUCUAUUCGACCGACAUGGCCCUCGGCUCAUCAUGCUCGUGUCGAGCGUGGCGUAUCUCGUCAUGGUCUUCGUGCUGGCGGAGUGCAAGGAGUACUGGCAUUUCAUGCUCUGUCUUGGGUUGCUAGGAGGCUCGGCGGCCGCAGCUUUGACGACGACGGGGCUUGCUGUUGUUAGCCAUUGGUUCAAGACUAAGAAGGGCCUGGCGAGUGGCGUGGCCAUGGUGGGCAACUCUGUUGGUGGUACUUUGAUUCCACUCGUGUUGCGGCACUGCUUGCCACGUUACGGCUAUGCCUGGUCCGUGAGGAUUCUCGGGUUCGUCUUCCUAGCCUGUCUCGUUGUUGCAAACAUGCUCGUGAGGUCCAGAUUUCCACCCUCCCCGGAUGCGAAGAAGGCGAACAUCUUCUCCCUCGAGCUCUUUGGCAGGGGCGACUUUACCUUCUUAACCCUCAGCGUCUUCGCCAUUGAGGUCGUUCUCUUCGGCGCGCUGGGAAUUCUGCCAACAUAUGCCAGCGUCAGCACGGACUAUCCGCCUUCGACAGGGUUCUACCUCAUUGCAGUCAUGAACGGAGUCUCGUGCUUUGGCAGAAUCCUCCCUGGCUUCGUGAGCGAUUAUAUUGGUCGGUUCAAUACUUUGCUCAUCAUGAUGGUGGCCACACUUAUCUUCAUUCUCGUCAUCUGGCUGCCUUUCGGCACCACGUCGCUGGGCGCUUUGUAUACCUUUACGGCACUCUUUGGCUUCGGUACCGGUUCGUGGAUGGCUAUGGUACCCGCGACUAUUGCUACGCUUUCGGGACCGCAUCAUUUUGGUCGGUACUUUGGGACUUCCUACUUCGUCGCUUCUCUGGCUACCUUGAUUUGCAUACCGAUUUCAGGGGAGUUGGUUGAGAGUAUCGGUGCACAAGCUUUGGUCGGAUUCUAUUCAGCCGUCCUUUUCUUGGCCAUACUACUAUUCGCUGCGAGUAGAUGGUUUCUUCUUGAACGACGGUGGAAGUGGAUUGUUGUUGUCUAA